UGCCUGGCCCAGGAGAUGGGGUCGUGCUGCAGCUCCUAUACUACAGUUGAAGACCUCAGCGAGCCCCACUACCAGUUAAAAAAAUCCCACCACCAACGCAGCCCCACUCCAAAAUAUCCUAUUUCUCAUUCAGGCUUUUUGUCUAUUGACUUAAAGGGUACCCCAGUCUUUCAACGUCGUACACCAUGGAAUAUGGCUGCAAAUGGCUCUGGGCAGGACAUUGAUGAGUCACUGUACUCACGCCAGCUCUAUGUACUGGGUCAUGAUGCCAUGCGGCGGAUGGCAUCCUCUGAUGUCCUCAUUUCAGGACUAGGAGGACUUGGCGUAGAGAUUGCCAAAAAUUUGAUUUUGGGAGGUGUAAAAUCAGUAACACUCCACGACAUCAAGGAUGCAAGCAUUACUGAUCUGAGCACUCAGUUCUUCCUGACUGCAGUUGAUAUUGGUGCCAACCGAGCCACAACAUGCCACCGCAGGCUAGCUGAACUUAAUACCUACGUUCCCAUCACAACAUCAACUAGCUCCCUCACAGAUGACUUACUCAAAAACUAUAGUGUGGUUGUUCUUACAGACUCGUCGCUGGAGGAGCAGCUACAAGUGUCAUCCUUUUGCCACGCCAAUGAUAUUGCUUUCAUUGUGGCCUCAACGAAGGGCUUAUUUGGCCAAAUUUUCUGUGACUUCGGUGAGAACUUUGAAGUAGUAGAUGCAAAUGGUGAGAAUCCUGUGUCUGCCAUGGUUGCUGGAAUAACCAAAGAGGAGAACAGUGUAGUCACAUGUCUGGAUGAAUCCCGUCAUGGACUUGAGGAUGGGAAUUAUGUCACAUUUUCUGAAGUGCAAGGGAUGACAGAACUUAAUGGUUGCAAGCCUCUCAAGAUUAAGGUGUUGGGACCAUUCACCUUUAGCAUUGGUGAUACUACCCAGUACUCAGGCUACAUUCGUGGGGGUAUUGUCACUCAGGUGAAAAUGCCCCAGAAAGUAAAUUUCAAGUCUUUAGAAGAGUCCAUGAAAGAACCAGAAUUUGUGAUGACAGAUUUUGGUAAAUUUGAUCGCCCUGGAAUACUACACAUUGCUUUCCAGACUUUGCAUGCUUAUGUGAAGCAGAAUGGGUCAGCCCCCAAGCCAUGGAGUGAUGGCGAUGCUGCUUCGUUCCUGAAUCUUUUUAAGGAGAUAAAUUCAGCUAGCCCUGCAAAGGUGGAAGACUUUGAUGAAGAACUCAUAAAGCAGUUUGCCAAGAUUUCUGCUGGAGGCUUUGUUCCCAUUGAUGCUGUUAUUGGUGGUGUUGUGGCACAGGAGGUGAUGAAGGCAUGUUCUGGAAAAUUCAGCCCAGUUAAACAAUGGCUGUAUUUUGAUGCUCUUGAGUGCCUACCUGAAGACACGUCUGCUCUCAGCGAAGCAGCUUGUGCCCCAACUGGCAGUCGAUAUGAUACUCAAAUUGCUAUCUUUGGGCAAGAAUUUCAAAAGAAGUUAGGUGGCCAAAAAUACUUUGUGGUUGGUGCUGGUGCCAUUGGGUGUGAACUAUUGAAGAAUGUUGCCAUGUUGGGACUAGGUGCUGGUGAGGGGGGUCAGAUUGUAGUUACUGACAUGGAUCUAAUUGAGAAAAGUAACUUGAAUAGGCAAUUCCUUUUCCGUCCAUGGGAUGUCCAAAAACCUAAGUCAGAUACUGCUGCUGCAGCAGUAAAGAAAAUGAAUCCUGAGGUUAACAUUAUUGCCCAUCAGAACAGAGUUGGUCCUGAAACUGAAAGUGUGUAUGAUGACAGUUUCUUUGAACCCCUUAACGGGGUAGCAAAUGCUCUGGAUAAUGUGGAAGCUCGUUUGUACAUGGACAGACGUUGUGUUUACUAUCGUAAGCCUCUUUUAGAAUCUGGUACUUUGGGCACUAAAGGUAAUGUUCAAGUUGUGGUACCACAUUUGACUGAGUCAUAUGGCUCAUCACAAGAUCCUCCAGAGAAAUCCAUUCCCAUUUGUACUCUAAAGAACUUCCCCAAUGCCAUUGAGCACACCCUCCAGUGGGCACGUGAUAUGUUUGAGGGAGAGUUUCGACAAGCUGCUGAAAAUGCAGCUCAGUACCUACAAGAUCCCCGUUUUAUGGAAAGGGCCUUGAAGUUACCAGGCUCACAGCCCAUGGAAACACUGGACAGUGUUAAGCGUGCUCUGGUGGAUGAUCGACCACGGUCAUUUGAGGAUUGUGUACUUUGGGCCCGUAAACAUUUUGCUGAACAAUUUCAUAAUCAGAUAGUACAACUUCUUCAUAACUUCCCAAAAGACCAAACCACUUCCAGUGGGGAACCUUUCUGGUCAGGUCCGAAGAGAUGUCCUCAUGCACUUGCAUUUGAUGCCAGUUAUGACUUAAACCUUGAUUAUAUUGUUGCAGCUGCCAAUUUGAAAGCGGAGGUUUAUGGCCUAACUAAGGUGCAUGAUCGGCAAAUGAUUGCUGACAUUGUUAAUAAAAUUCAUAUUCCAGAGUUUGUUCCCAGAUCAGGUGUUAAGAUUGCUGUUACAGAUGCUGAAGCAGAGGCUCAGAGUAAUCAAGUAGAUAGUGAACGAAUUUCAAACCUUCAGGCAGCUAUCCCAGCUGCAUCCAGUUUUGGUACUCUUAAGUUAUCUCCUUUGGAUUUUGAAAAGGAUGAUGACACAAACUUCCACAUGGAUUUCAUUGUUGCUGCAUCCAAUCUACGUGCAGAAAACUACGACAUUGCCCCUGCCGAUCGCCACAAGAGCAAACUUAUUGCUGGCAAGAUUAUCCCUGCCAUUGCCACCACCACAGCACUGGUCUCUGGCCUAGUGUGUCUAGAGCUACUCAAAUUAGUUCAGGGGCACAAUAAACUAGAGACCUUCAAGAAUGGUUUUGUCAAUCUGGCCCUGCCAUUCUUUGGCUUCUCAGAACCGAUUCCAGCCCCAACUAAUAAGUACUAUGACAAGGAAUGGACACUGUGGGACAGGUUUGAGGUCAAUGGUGAAAUGACUCUUGAAGAGUUCAUCAGAUACUUUGAGGAGAAGCAUCAGUUGGAGAUUACCAUGCUGAGCCAGGGGGUGUCCAUGCUUUACUCCUUCUUUAUGCCACCUGCCAAGAGGAAUGAGAGAAUGGCUCUCCCAAUGUCAGAGGUGGUUAAGAAAGUUAGCAAGAAGAAAAUUGAACCUCAUGUGCGAGCUUUAGUUUUGGAACUUUGUGCAAAUGAUAAGGAUGGAGAAGAUGUAGAAGUUCCUUACGUGAAGUACAAUCUACCCCAGUAAUCUUGUGCUCCUCUUGGUGGAAAUUCCAAGCAUCAUUAUCUGCACCCAUGGCAUGGGAGAAUCUUAUUAAAGCUUGUGACUAAUCAGCCACUAGAAAUGUAAACCAGUGUUGGCCCUCUCUUGCUGGUUUAACACUGGUGUGAGCAAGUGAUUUCUCCAUUCUAGGGGGCCAGGAUUUUUCAAAAGGUUUAAAAUAAUUUACUCAGGUCAUCAUGCCUCUGACCUGUUAAGAGUUACAAACAAAACCUCAAACCCUGAGUACUGAUAUAAUGUCAUCCUCUAUUUAUGAACAGUUAAGAGGGUACUGAAAAUUCAUUACAAAUGAAAUUUCUGUGAAAUUUCUUUGCAAUAGAAGUUUCUGUGAUCAUAAAAAAGUAGGAAGUGAGUGACUGGUGUAAGUCUAAAGACAACUAUGCACUGUAGUAAAAUUUUCCAGUGUGAGCACUUAUAGUUUAUGAAAGUGAAAAGGUCGACUUGGUAUUUCAUCAUAUUUGAUGAACAGCAUUAGUUUCAUGAAACAGAUCUGAAAUCAUGUUAUUUUCCCAGAGUAGAGUUCCAAGUAAUUCUGAUGAAUUUCCUUUAUAAAAAGAGGUUUAAUUUAGGUAUAUACGCUAAAUUUUUCCAGGUGAUAGAUAAGAAACUUGUUGGCAUAUCUGUAUAUAUAUAUAUUAGGGGUUGUGUAGAGAACCUUAAAGGGUUAAUGCCAGCCUUUUCAACAUUAUAUGAUAUUAAUCAAAAUUUGUUCAGAGAGAAUUUGAUCUAAAAGAGUUUUGGUUGGAGCCAGAUAUUGGUACCGAUUAAUCCAGUUCUCUUUUGGAAUUAAUUUGCUGGCAUGUAAUUGUAUACAUUUAAAUUCUUUGUAGGUAAUAACAUGUUAAAUACACAAAGCUGGAAUAUUUUGGUGUUUUGGUCUGGUCUUGUGUAAGUUUUCAUCACUCUUCUCAGCUGAGAUUGCUUCCUGCAUGUGAUGUCUAAGAGCCAGUAUGCCAUGUAGGUUGGCAUCAGAGGAGCAGAUAUCUGGAGUAAGGGAUGCCAAAAAGAAGAAUCUUCUGGGUUGGCUUCAAAGUAGGCAUCAGAGUAAUAGUAAUGUUCAGUUGCGUGCAUUCAAGGCUUUGUGAAAAUUUUUACUUUUUUUAGGCUAUUAUAGUUAUUUCUUAAAUUUUGUAUUAGAAAUGAAAGCACUUGACCAAAAUCAAAGAUUUUUUUUUUACUUAAUCAGAACAACUUAACUAAAAUAUUGUUUAAUUAUUUUGCAAAAUUUUUAAAGCGAGUGUCGCUUAACUUUUGUAAGUUCAUCUUCGCUUAACACCAGUGAUCACACUAGUAAACUGUGAUUCCACAA